AAUAUCAGUCACUAAGCGAUCGUCCGACUGUUAACAACAAAUCGCCAGCGGGGGCCAAAUUUAAAAAAAAAAAUAAGAAAAAUAAAUCAAACGUAAACCCUUUAAACAAAGCGCGCGCGAAUUUCGUAAAUCCUUGCAACACAUCAGGUGUUAAAAAUUAAAUAAUUAAACAAGCAAAUGGUCACAAAGAGUUAAGCUAAACAGUGUUGAUUGCUUCUGCAAAUUCUGGCCUUAUAGCCGCACCAUCAAGCAUAAAUAUCAUCAUUAACGCGGCUGUGUGAAAAACUAAACUUUUUUGGCGUCAAUGUCGAGGACAAACGAUUGGAUCCAACAAUUAAUAUAAUUUCUUUAUAAUACAUAUAGUAGCCGCCAUAAAAGUUCACACAAAACUAAAUCGGUUCAAAAGAUGGCAGAUAAUAAGGGAUUUACCCCAGAUGAACCGGAUACCCGACCAUCGGCACCAGUUGAGGACCCGCCAUCGUAUACGAAUGCUGUGACCAAGUCAAAUGACUUUAAUUCUCAUUCGAACUUGACAGACAAGAACCAACUAUCCCUGUCUGAGGAUCCUUACCAUCCCUUCGAGCACCGCGAUCCCAAUGGAGCCAGUGCAGGUGGCGCCUUGGCGCAUUUGCUCAAAAGUUCUUUGGGAACGGGAAUAUUGGCCAUGCCCAUGGCAUUUCACAAUGCCGGUUUGGCAUUUGGAAUGGCCAUGACGCUGAUCGUUGGAUUCCUCUGCACCCACUGCGUACACAUUUUGGUUAAAACUUCACAUGACAUUUGCCGGGAUGCCAAGGUUACAUCUCUGGGAUUCGCUGAAACGGCGGAGAAAGUUUUCGAGUACGGGCCAAAGGGAAUGCGUCCCUACUCCAACUUUGCCAAGCAAUUCGUGGAUAUAGGAUUGAUGGCCACAUACUACGCUGCCGCAUGUGUGUAUAUCGUAUUUAUUGCGACAUCUUUCCACGAUGUCAUCAACUACGAUUGUGGCAUUAACUGGGAUGUUCGCAUCUACAUUGCCCUAACCGUGAUUCCUUGCCUGCUUAUUGGUCAGAUUCGUGACCUCAAGUGGCUGGUGCCUUUCUCAAUGAUGGCCAACAUCUUCAUUGUUGUGACAUUCGUGAUCACGCUGUACUACAUGUUCGAUGAGCCACUGGUAUACUCCGACAAGCCAUUGAUCGCCAAGGCUGCCAACAUUCCGCUCUUCUUUGCCACUGUGAUCUUCGCCAUGGAGGGUAUUGGUGUUGUGAUGCCUGUGGAGAACUCGAUGAAGAAGCCCCAGCAUUUCUUGGGAUGUCCUGGUGUCCUUAACACGGCUAUGAUCACGGUGGUCUCGCUCUAUGCCGUCAUCGGCUUCUUCGGCUAUGUCAGAUUUGGAGAUCAAGUGCGAGGCAGCAUUACGUUGAAUCUGCCAGAGGGACAAUGGCUGGGAGAUACAGCGAAGCUCUUGAUGGCCGUCGCCAUCCUCUUCACCUUUGGCCUGCAGUUCUAUGUGCCCAAUGAGAUCCUGUGGCGCAAGAUCGGACACAAGUUCAAGCCCGAAAAGCACAACAUUACACAAAUCCUGCUGCGCAGUGGCAUUAUCCUGCUGAGCGGUGGUGUUGCUGCUGCUAUUCCCAAUCUGGAACCCUUCAUCAGUCUGGUUGGUGCUGUGUUCUUCUCGCUGCUGGGCAUCUUUGUGCCUAGCUUUGUGGAGACCGUUUACCUGUGGCCCGAUCGCCUGGGCGUUUGCAAGUGGAAGAUGGUCAAGAACAUCUUCCUAGGAGUGUUCUCCAUCCUUGCUCUGGUUGCCGGUGCGGUGGCCAGUAUCAACGAAAUCAUCGAAAUGUACAGCGGCGAAGAUUAAGGUUUUCAGAGGUUCACUUCACCCUUUAAACAGACACGUAGUAUUACACCAGAUGCAGGUAGCUCCAACAAUGGAAGCGGUUGAAAUACGAGUAAGAGUUCAAAAAGCAGGCAAUGCCCAGAUUCAAAUCAGACCCAAGUUACGGCCAUGUUGAACAUGGUCAGACGGCUCGCCAAAUGCCAAAACUGCCGAUGCCGUUGACUGCAUGAACAAGAUGAUAUUAAGUUUAAGUGCCUUGUUACACAAACUAAGCUGCAAUUCAUAGAAUUUAUAAAUGUUAUUAUUUUAAGUUGCUCAGCAUUCCAAACCAUAAAGAGAACAGUAUAAAAAUGACAA